GAAAAACUCGUGCGGUAAGUAUGCGUCACUGGCUGGUAUAAAUCGACUUCCCUACCACGAACACCGUUUACAAACAGUGAGAUUGCUAUAGUGUUAACACGUCAACGAAAACAUUCAAAGAUGCCUAUGGAUUUGUAUUACGUACCUGGUUCGGCUCCAUGCCGUGCUGUACUAUUGACAGCGAGAGCCCUUAACCUCAACCUGAACUUGAAAUUGGUUGACCUGCAUCAUGGAGAACAUCUUAAGCCUGAGUUUUUGAAGAUCAACCCACAACACACAGUGCCGACUCUAGUAGAUGACGACCUUAUUAUCUACGAGUCCCGAGCUAUCAUGACUUACUUAGUGAACAAGUACGGCAAGGGCAGUACCCUCUACCCUGAAGACCCUAAAGCUCGGGCCCUGGUUGACAUGCGUCUGAACUAUGAUCUUGGAACUCUGUACAACAGAUUUGCCGAUUACUUCUACCCACACUUAUUCUACGGCGCACCAGCCGACAAGGACAAGCUAGCAAAAGUAGAGGAUGCCCUGAAAUUGUUGGAUACUUUCCUUGAAGGACAGAAAUAUGUAGCCGGGCCCAAUCUAACUCUGGCUGACUUGAGUAUUAUCGCUGGGGUCUCCAGCUUUGAGGCAUCUGACAUCGACUUCAAGAAAUACGCUAACGUUAAAAGGUGGUAUGAAACAGUCAAGACUACAGCUCCCGGAUACCAAGAAGCCAAUGAGAAAGGUCUAGAUGCAUUCAAAGCGCUUGUCGAAAGUAUGCUUAAGAAGUAAAAGUCCUAUGUAGUUUCCAGUAUUUUAGCCUCUUAAAUUUGUGGAAUUAACAGUCAUAAUUUAAACACUGGCAUUCUGAUAUGGUCCUUGAUUGAUAUAGUAUUUUUUACCUCCAUCCUUCAACACGUUUGCUUUAAGAAUUUAUUAUAAGAAGUAGAAUAAGGUCACAAUAAAUUAUCUGAUGUUA